UACAGGAGCGUGCUUCGGAGGUAUACGGUAUACAGCGUGUACAAAAGAUCCAAGAUGGAAGACGGUGACAAUAAAGUGGAAAACGAAAUUGGUAAAGAUAGGAAGUCCUACGCCGGCAUACCGGAGGCCGACUUUGUGGACGAUGUCGAGGCUUUCAUGGCGAAGCCAGAAAACGAAUCCGUGGACAAGGUACUCAGAAAGCUCGACGAGAGCCAUGGGAAGUACAAGUUUAUGGAGUUCAACCUAGUCAACAAACGAAGACGCUUAAAAACACAGAUACCAGAUCUACAAAGAUCUCUAGAAAUGAUCGAGAAACUACAGGCCGAGAACAGUAGCUUAGAAACGCAAUUUUUAUUAUCGGAACAGGUUUACGCAAAAGCCAUAAUACCGCCUACUGACAAAGUGUGUUUAUGGCUGGGUGCUAAUGUCAUGCUAGAAUAUACCUUAGAUGACGCACAGGAGGUGCUGACCAAAAAUAUUGAGGCAGCCAAGAAGAAUUUAGGAUACGUAGAGCACGAUCUGGACUUCGUCCGAGAUCAGUAUACCACCAUGGAAGUGAAUAUGGCCCGUAUCUAUAAUUGGGAAGUAAAGCGCAGACAAGCGGCAAAACCCACAUGAAAUCAUUCAUCUUACUUAUACUCGGAUUUGCCUAAAACAAGGAGAAUAUCUACUAUAUGAAGAAUAAAGUUCAUCAAUACACAGCACUAUUGAAAUUCCUAGAAUAAAAGACUCAGAAACUUAUUUAAUUAUAAACUCUUGUGACACAUCAAUAUUUAUAUAUAUUACAAAUAUGUCUAGAUGUCUAAAUUUUUGUAAUAUUAAUUACUAAAAAUAUUUUUCAUCUACCAUCCUUCACAGAUUGAUCUUAUAUCUAUAUUGUACAAAUCCUAAUAAAAAAAAAAAUCUCAUUCCGAUUACAAAGGCAAUAAAUGAUAUUACAUUUAAGAAUACAUGUAUUAUAAUAAACGUAAAAGAAAUAUUUUA